UCCCAGGCAGCAGUGGGGCCGCUCCGGCGCACGGCAGGGCUGUGCCAGGGCUGUGGCGACCGCUGCCUUCCUCUGGGCUCCCCGCAGCCUGCCUCUCGGCCUGCAUGGCCUGCAUGGCCAGCUUGGCCAGCUUGCGGGCAUGGUGCAGCGCGUGACCUAGUCGGCCAGGAUGGCGGCGUGGCUGCUGGGGCCGCGGCCGGACCUGGCCCGGGGCCUCGGCCUGGGCCGCCUCGGACUGCACGGCCUCCUCAUGCUCAUCGCCGCCUCCACCAGCCUGCUGCACCCCGGCGGCAGGCCUCCACCCCUCGCCAUGGCAGCGACUGGCGGAGGCAGCAUGCUAGGCGACGUCAACAUUUCUGCCAUUUUAGAUUCUUUCAGUGUCAGUUACGACAAAAGAGUAAGGCCGAAUUAUGGAGGGCCUCCUGUAGAGGUGGGGGUCACCAUGUACGUGCUCAGUAUAUCCUCGGUGUCGGAAGUGUUAAUGGACUUCACGCUUGAUUUUUACUUUCGCCAAUUCUGGACGGACCCCCGGCUGGCCUUCCGGAAGAGGCCGGGCGUCGAGACGCUCAGCGUGGGCUCCGAGUUCAUCAAAAACAUCUGGGUGCCCGACACGUUCUUCGUGAACGAGAAGCAGUCCUACUUCCACAUCGCCACCACCAGCAAUGAGUUCAUCCGGAUCCAUCACUCGGGCUCCAUCACCAGAUCCAUUCGGUUAACGAUCACCGCGUCGUGCCCCAUGAACCUCCAGUACUUCCCCAUGGACCGGCAGUUGUGCCACAUCGAGAUAGAGAGCUUCGGGUAUACAAUGAGGGACAUCCGCUAUAAAUGGAACGAGGGGCCCAACUCGGUGGGGGUGUCGAACGAGGUUUCUCUGCCGCAGUUUAAAGUCCUGGGGCACCGUCAGAGAGCUAUGGAAAUUAGUCUGACCACAGGAAACUACUCUCGGCUGGCGUGCGAGAUCCAGUUCGUGCGGAGUAUGGGCUACUACCUCAUCCAGAUCUACAUCCCCUCGGGGCUCAUCGUCAUCAUCUCCUGGGUCAGCUUCUGGCUUAACCGGAACGCGACGCCCGCCCGAGUGUCGCUGGGAGUCACCACCGUGCUCACCAUGACCACGCUCAUGUCCUCCACCAACGCCGCGCUGCCAAAGAUUUCCUACGUCAAAUCCAUCGACGUGUACCUGGGCACCUGUUUCGUGAUGGUGUUCGCUUCGCUUCUAGAGUAUGCAACGGUCGGCUACAUGGCCAAGAGGAUCCAGAUGAGGAAGAACCGGUUCCUGGCCAUCCAGAAGAUAGCCGAGCAGAAGAAGGCGGGGGCCGAGCUGCCGCCGGAGGGGGAACACGCUCCGAAGCAGACGGGUGCGGCCGGCGCCCCUCCAGGGGGAUGCGGCCCGAUUCCGGGAAACUCGCACGCCUCCACUCAUUACCAAUAUGUGGCCCUGCAGGGCGCCCCGAGCCACGGCAGCAGAACACACACCCUUCCAGGACACGGGGGCCACGGGGGCCACGGCCACCACGGUAGUCAACACGGCCCCAUGGGUCCGAUGGGUCCGAUGGGGCCCAUGGGAGGCCCCAUGGGACCCAUGGGAGGCCCCAUGGGAGGCCCCAUGGGACCCAUGGGGGGUCAGAUGGGCGGCCACGGCAUGUCCCACAGCGGCUACGGCCCCAUGGGCCACGGGUCACACAGCAUGUCGGGGCCCCACGGGGGGUCGGGGCGGGACGUGCGGGACGUGCGCUACGGGACUGUGUCCAGGACGGGCAGCUCUGGGAGCGCAGCGGCCAGCGAAAGAGCGGUGCGGUUCCUGCAGCACGAGCAGCAGCAGCGGCAGCAGAGCCAGCCGCCCACGCCCAAGGCCAGCCACCCCAGCAUGGAGGCGCCGGCCAACGGCGGCACGGGCGAGGACGGCGGCAGCAGCGGCCUCACGCCGCAGCACGUCAUGGUGGCCGGCAAGGACAUCAACAAGCUGUGCGGGCUGUCCUCGUCCGACAUAGACAAGUACUCGCGCAUCAUCUUCCCCGUGUGCUUCGUGUGCUUCAACCUCAUGUACUGGAUCAUCUACCUGCACAUCAGCGACGUGGUCGCCGACGACCUGGUGCUGCUCGGUGAGGACAAGUAGUCUUCCCGGCGGCCACGCGUCACAGUGUCAAUUCUUGUGUUUCUUUCUUGUUCCCCUCAUCGUUUCCCUUUUCGUCUUGGUUUCCUCCAUCAUCUUCCUCAUCCCUUUUUUUUCGUUGUGACUUUGUAGUCGAGUGCGUUUAGCGGACGAUGAGGCAACGCGACACGACGGGACCCAUGAAACUUGAGACAAAAAAUGACUCAGUCCUGACCAAAAAAGAAAGGAACAAGGGUGAGGCGCGUGUGAGCUCAAAGUGCGAAACAAGGCGUGGAUGGAAUGCACUUUAAAUGCUGUGCUGACGGGACGUCGACGUCGGCUCGACCGCCAGCCACAUAUCUGUGAUCUCUGGAAAGUCAAAACCUUUCAAAAGAAAAUCCACAAUAAAAGGCCAAAUAACGCACCCUGCCAUGGGUGACAACUCGUAGCCAAAUGAAGGCGCAGUAUGUUUCAUGAAUGCCCACAGGUUGGGGCACCUUCCCGCGCGGAAACUAGCUGCGGGUUCGAAUACAGUUUUUCUUUUGUUCAUCCUCUUCUUCUUCUUCUUUCUCAGUUCCCCCGGAGAUUGUGUAGCCGAGUCAAUUGGUCUGCGGCUUCGCCAAAGGCCCCGCCAAAGGCCCCGCCAAAGGCUCCGCGCGGGCCCAGCAGCCCCCAAGGGGGCCCCCCAGCCCCUUGUCUUCCCCUCGGCCUGUGGGAAGGCCCAAACAGUUCCCCACACUGUGCCGACUGAUAGUUUAAUACUGUUUUCUCAAUGGACGAACUAAAUAGCAAAACGAUGGCACUUCAGAAUAAGAGUUAACGACAAUGCAUACGAAAUGAGUUCAAACGGAGAAAAUUGGGAAGAAUGGUGCUAUACCUGGUACACACGCCUGGUUGUGACAAAAGCUGCCUUUAUACUUAGAGGCACUCGCCGUUCGCCCCUCCGCGCCCCCGGGGCCCCCGGGGCCGCCGGCCACCCCACCAGCAGUAGGCUAGCCCAGCCUUUCCCCAGCCUGCAGCCCCGUAGUACCGCAAACCCGCCCGGGUGGAUCGGAGCCUCCGCCGAUCCUCCUCGGCCACCUCAGGCCUAGCCUCGCACCACCUCAGGCAGCCUCAGGCCUAGCCUCGCGCCACCUCAGGCAGCCUCAGGCCUAGCCUCGCACCACCUCAGGCAGUCUCAGGCCUAGCCUCGCACCACCUCAGGCAGUCUCAGCCUCAGGCCUAGCCUCGCACCACCUCAGGUAGUCUCAGGCCUAGCCUCGCGGGGGCGGUUCCAGCGGGCGCGUUUGGCCGAAUGGACUUUUCCCGGGGAGAGCGCCACCGCGGUCCAAAGCUGAUUCAAAGCUCAAGUUAAGCUCAAUGUAAUGUUCCCCGUGGGACCGCGUGGCCUCUCCCCGAAGCACAUUCACUCUAGGUUCCAGUACUGUAUGUAUAUAUUUUUCACCUCUAGAAAAAUCAAAAUUGGUUGGAAGUGGAGAAAGGGUUCGGGGUUUAUAAUUUGUUUAUGGGGGCAUCGACGACACCAGUCUGUAUAAGUCUGUAUCCUGUGAGGUUUGCGUUCAAAUGUGUCAGAGAGAUAUGUGUGUGUGUGAUAGAGAGUGUGUGUGUGAGUGUGUCUGUGCCCGGCCAUGUGCGGGAGUGUGCGUGCGUGCGAGUGUGUGAGUGCCUGUGAUGUUCGUGCGACAGUAGCUCUCUUGUAGUAGUUUGUAAUGACGGUGAGGCAGUGCCCGCCAGUGUCGCGAAACGUUGUUUAAAAAAAUGCAAACCGUGACAAAAAAAAUCAAUGUACCAGUUGUGGCAAACUGUGCUCGCCAGAGCCACCUCCCUAUGAGAGGAGCAGAAAAUGAGCCUGAAAUUUGGCACAUUCGGCGGUGGCUCCGUCGGCCACAGUUUCCACAGUCCCCACCACCAGCCGGGCGUCGGCUGCCGAGGGCUGCGGGGGUGGUUCGGGGUGGUUCGGGGUCGCCCCACCCUGCCCCACCGCCCCCGCGGCCAAGACGGCGGCGCAGGCUGGCUGUCACGUGCACGCGGCUCAAUCCUUUCGUCUCAUUGCAAUAUAUUUCUUAUAAUAAUACACACCCACACAAAACACAAAACACUACUAUGUACUAUAAAGUAACUUAUUACACAUAUUUUAUACACAUCAAACUAUUAUUCAGACAUAACUAUGAGUCGCGGUUAAUGAAAAAAGAUACUUUUAAAGAAUGUAGUAGCAGAUUUAAGAAGAUUUAAAAAACUAAGGUUCGUGGUAUCGGUCAUUUCGUUGUGAUAAAAUGCCAAGCGCUGCGGCCGGCCAGGAGACUGAUGUGGCCAACUCGGGGAGCCCCGCAGGGAGCCCCGCAGGGCCGGCCGCCGGCAGGGGAAGAAAAUAUUAUGGUUUUAUAUACGACGGUGUACAUGACUCUUAGCAUAGCGGCACACUACGCGUAGCCCCGGGGCUAAACUCUUUCCGGUAGCCAGACUGGGGCCCACUGAAGCUGAAACGUCCAUGGUAGAAAAGCCUCCUUAGCGAACCGACCGCGUUCGUCGCCUCGGCCCCGCCGGCACUCCGCCCCCAAACCCAACGGGUGCUACACCCAUCCCCGAAGGCCAGCCCGAAACUAGUUCCCUAGGAAGUAAACAAGGUCUAGUGUGUCUAGCUAGCUCGUGCCAAAGUAAAAAGGGCUGCCCCCUCCGCCCCCUCCCCUCGGCCCUCCCCGCCUCUCAGCCUCCCAGCUCCACUUUAAACUGGCUGUGAUAUGAAGCUACGGAACCCAUUCGGACGUCACUCCCCGCCACGGGGCCCUGGACGCACGGGGCCCCUCCCUGAGUGCCGGUCGGAGGCCCCCCGCGCGGGGCAGUUCGUUAUUCUAAAGCUGAGGCCCCGCUUGGGGCCCAGCACUCUCCAGCUGACCAGCAGGCUGGCCGCGCCGGCCGCGCCCCGUCACGCCGCCCCUUCACGUGGCUCGCCAAAGGACUGCCGCUUCGGCCGGGCUUUGAACCCGGGACCGUGGUGCCCAGGGCGGCGUCCGAGACUGGAGUUCGGCCGGCACGGCCGCCGAGAGAGCGCGCCACGCUGUUGUCUGCCUGCUCAAAUUCCUUCAAUUCCUUUCAUUUUCUAAAAACAGAAAAGGUUUUCCGUUGGUAAAUUCAUUCUGAAAUUUCGCUGAAUACAGUCCUCCCAGACCGGGAUGACGCGGUCGCGGUCGGACGGUGAUUUUGGACCAAUAAACGAAAUGGUGAAGGAAGGGGCGGCCGGCGAUGGCAGCUCGUGGCGCACUGUCUGCGGUCGGCAGCUCCGUCGGCCCCCGCCAGGACCAAGAGGGGCAGGACCGCGAGCGGGACUCGGCCAGCGGGACCACCCUGACGGAGUCCUGCCCCGACUGUCCUGCCGCCCCGAGGACCGCGGGGGUCGCGACGGAGCAGCCCAGCCCCGCGCGCGGGCGGCGCCGUCCGCGGUCGAUUCGUCGUGUCGACAUUCGUCAUGUCGGAACUUAGUGUUGUCACACCUAUUUAUUCUUGUAGAAACUACCUUCCUCCUUCGAGUGCAUGCGAGCAGCGGGCAUACCAUGUAAGAUACGCAUCGCUCCGUAACGUUCUUGUCGGUUGUAUUGCUCAAAAGAAAUUUAAAAAAAUAAAAAAAGGUUCAGAUAAUGAUAGUUAAAAAUGAAAAGAGUUGUGAUGUCGAGUGAUUAUGUGAUUAAAAGUAACUAUGAAUUAAUUGCGAUAACUGACUUACAUGAAAAGCACAUACAUUGUACCGAAACAAGUGGCUAAGUGUCAUGGAUGUCGGUGUGAAGCCGGGGAUGCCUACUUCCGUUCUCAUCACUUCAACUCACUUCAAAGUGGCGACAAUGUGACGAGAAACAGUCUCAUGUCUCAAAACUUGUAUUGUAAGAUUUUUUAUUAAUUUCAGUCGUUUCAGUCUGUUAAAUGGAAACAUUUUCCCGCGUGGCUUGUCUGAGUUGAGCACGCACCGAAACGGUUGUUCCUUAGGGCCGCCUCCCUGCCAAGUACUGACCUUCGUGUAGACGUCUUUCCGUGUCUUUACGUCGCCAGCGGAUGCCAGCGGCGACGCGGCUCGCUGCGACGAACCAAGACGAACUCUAACUCUCCCUCUGAGGCCCAAGGAACACCGCGACGCCCGCUUGCCCGCUUCCACCCACUUCCACCCCUCUCACCGCGAGACAGCAUCAUCCAUGCCGCGUCCAUGCCGAGCCACGUUUUGGGAUGCAGAUCGUACAAGAAUGUGUAAAUUUUAGGAACUACUACUGUGUAACAGAUUCUGUAAAUUAUGUGAAUGUGGUGGAGCAUGUAGCAUUGCUCACUAAACGGUUAUUCUAAAGAGAAGCGGAAUGUAAACUAAUGUAUAUACACACAUAUAUUGUUAUAAGGAUUUAUAUAUGUGUGUGUGUAUAUAUGUAUACACACAUAUAUAUUAUAUAUAUGUAUAUGAUGUAUUAGAGAUUCGUAUAAAAUUUGGGUUGUUUUUAUUUCAAUAAAAGCUAUCAAGGGCA